GGACUUUAAUGCCGCCGCCACAUCCAGAAGGGCUUCACUAAAGCCGGAGAGGCUGCAGAGUGAAAGCGAGCGGAUGCUGCCUCGGUGCGUCUGGCGCGAAUCCGGCUGCACGAGCACCGCGCGUGGCACGUAGAGAGAGAGAGAGAGAGAGAGAGAGAGAGAGAGAGAGGGAGAGAGGGAGGUGGGUAAGGGAAAAAAGAAAAAGAGACCCCCACCGCUGUCUAUCGUGUGAGCGUAUUCCACGGGAAGCCGCUGGAAGAGCUGGAGCCGGAGCGCUGAGGGAGCCGCCGCUGUCCGUCAGCACACAUACACUCAGAGACUCAUUCAGCCGCUCGGACAUCACAGGAGACCGAGAACGACGAGAAAAGCGAACGAUUCGCAUCUGUCGACGCCUAAAUGUCGUGACUUUAGUUCGUUUUCCGGUACAACAGUACAACGCCGGCGCAGUUUAGCCCGUGAUUCAGUUUUUUUUCUUGUUACUUACUGGCGGUUUACUUGUUUUUCCCUUUAAUAGCUAGUUUGAAAAAGCGGAGCGACCACUUUACCGGAGAGUCAACAACGUGGAGAUGUCCUUUCUGUAGCUUAUCCAUUUUUCACGGAUGGUGUCUGAGCUGAAGUCAAGCUGGUUGUGAAGGUGUUUGACCUGCUCCCCUCGCCCCCAGACGGAGUGACCAUGGCUGCGGGUGUAGCGGCCUGGCUUCCCUUCGCCCGGGCAGCGGCCAUCGGCUGGAUGCCCGUGGCCAACCUGCCCAUGCCCGUGGCACCAACCGACAAGAACAAGUGCCAGGAUGAGCUCAUCAUCCUUAAUGUCAGUGGUCGGCGCUUCCAGACCUGGAGGAACACCCUGGACCGAUAUCCUGACACCCUUCUGGGCAGCUCUGAGAAAGAGUUCUUCUUCAAUGAGGAGACACGAGAGUACUUCUUUGACCGUGACCCGGAUGUGUUCCGCAGCAUCCUGAACUUCUACCGUACAGGCAAGCUGCACUACCCACGCUACGAAUGCAUCUCGGCUUAUGACGAGGAGCUGGCCUUCUUCGGCAUCAUACCUGAAAUCAUCAGCGACUGCUGCUAUGAAGAGUACAAGGACCGUAAGCGAGAGAAUGCCGAGCGCCUCAUGGAUGAUCUGGAGGACAGUAAGGACAGCAAGUUGCCCAACAUGACCUUCCGUGAGACCAUGUGGCGGGCCUUCGAGAACCCACACACCAGCACCAUGGCUCUUGUGUUCUACUACGUCACUGGCUUCUUCAUCGCAGUAUCGGUCAUCACCAACGUGGUGGAGACAGUCCCGUGUGGCUCCGUGCCCAACCAGCGGGACAUUCCAUGUGGCGAGCGCUACACGGUGGCCUUCUUCUGCAUGGACACGGCGUGCGUCAUGAUCUUCACCGUGGAAUACCUGAUGCGCCUGUUUGCUGCGCCAAGCCGGUACCGCUUUAUGCGUAGCGUGAUGAGCAUCAUUGACGUGGUGGCCAUUCUGCCCUACUACAUUGGUCUGGUCAUGACCAACAACGAGGAUGUGAGCGGAGCCUUCGUCACACUACGUGUCUUCCGCGUCUUUCGCAUCUUCAAGUUCUCACGCCACUCGCAGGGCCUGCGCAUCCUGGGCUACACGCUGAAGAGCUGUGCCUCUGAGCUUGGCUUCCUCCUCUUCUCCCUCACCAUGGCCAUCAUCAUUUUCGCCACCGUCAUGUUCUAUGCUGAGAAAGGCUCCGCGUCCAGCAAGUUCACCAGCAUCCCAGCCUCUUUCUGGUACACCAUAGUCACCAUGACAACCCUGGGGUAUGGAGACAUGGUCCCUAAGACAAUAGCAGGGAAGAUCUUUGGCUCUAUCUGCUCUCUGAGCGGCGUGCUGGUGAUUGCUCUCCCUGUUCCUGUCAUCGUCUCCAACUUCAGCCGCAUUUACCACCAGAACCAAAGAGCAGACAAGCGGCGUGCGCAGAAGGUGCAGAAAGCUCGACUGGCCAGAAUGCGAAUCUCUAAGACAGGCAGCUCCAAUGCCUUCCUGCACAGCAAACGCAAUGGCAUGCUGAACCAAGCCCUGGAGCUAACGCAACUACCUUACAGGAUGAAACUUUCAGAUCAGGGCUCCACAGGUGAAGAGCGGCAUCUGAAUAAAACGACUUCACUCAUAGAGAGCCAACACCACCACCUACUGCACUGCCUGGAGAAAACCACGAACCAUGAGUUUGUGGAUGAGCAGCUGUUUGAGCAGAGUUAUCUGGAGAGUGGUCUGCAGAGUUUUCCCUCACGGAGCCCCUCUCUCUCCAGUCGAGAGGGCAUCACAGGGACCUGCUGUUCGCGAAGAGCAAAGAAGAGCAGUCAGUCCCCUAACGCAGCACACACACACCCACACAAACACAACCUGCAGGAGCUCAGCGCAAUACACAUCCAGUGCGGAGAGCAGCAGACCCUCAACACCAGUCGUUCCAGUCUCAACAUGAUGCCAGAUGAAUCGGCAGGUCUGAACUGUAAGAGUAGCAGUCAAGUUACCACAGCGAUCAUCAGCAUCCCCACCCCACCCACUAACAACUCCCCCAGCAGCCCCGAGGCCCCCUCCAACCCUCCCUCCAACUCCAGUGCUGGUGUAGUGAAGGUCUCAGCACUGUGAUGGACACAGCCAGAGAACCAAUCGAAAGGCAGAACAGAGAGACGGAAGGAGCACUCAGGAUGAGAAAACUGUGGAGUAGCCUGCCCCCUAGUGGCAGAAAGACAGCACUGACUCUGACUGAACAACCAACAACAAAGGGGGGUGAAUGAGAACGGUGGAAGAAAACGUGUGCAUGUUUGUGUGAGAGAGAUUAUGAGAGCAGAAGAGCCAUAAGAAUCAAUCCAUCCCGAGGUUGAUGAGAUGAGGAUGUCAAGAGUUACUCUGCAUCAAGCACUUUUCUUUUGUUUCGUUAUUGUCUUGUAUUGUGUCUUAUUCUCCUUUUUUAAACCAGUGCAGGUUUUUUGUUAGGCCGCUUUCACAAGGGCAUUCUGGACUCUUUGGAUUCUUCACAGGAAAAAGUAUAAAGAUAGGGCCCGCAAUGAAAUGGCCUUGUAGAUCUUAGGUUUUGUUCGUACCUGGCAUUAGCAUCCAUUGCAAGUGAUCUGAUCACAGGUGGACAGUGAGAAAAAUACCGGCCUUUCCUUGGGUCUUGAAUGCAUCUCGAGUCAUCAGUUCUGAUCAGGUUUCAUGACAGGAGGAAGGUGCAUGUUUACUACAGACAGAGACAUCUGUCUCAUUGCAUUUAUCAGACGAAAAAACAUCUGGCUCCAGCCAACCCUUGUUAGGAUGCAGACUCUGAAGGGUGCUAAAUCUGAGUGUGAAAUUGCUAAACCAAUCUAAUGCCUAAUGAAGGUGGAGCACAAAGUAGGACAAAGAUUGUCCUUUAGAUAAUGUUGGGGGUUCACUUGCUAGCUUGUUUUUCUUGUGGUAUCAGUUGUACUCCAGGCACCAAAAGUUUUUGCAUUAGAGGAAUUUGGUCUUAUAGAGGAUGUACCCUUGUUUGCAGUGAAUUUAGCUGCAGUCCAGCACCAAAGGUUUAACAAGUUCAGUGAUGUAUCUUCUCAAAGACCAGCAAUCCAAAGACACAAGGCUGAGAUCUAGGCACCCUAACCUGCUAAAAAACCUGAAAUGGUUUAAUUCUCUAUGUACUGCCAAGUAUUCGAUUUGUAAAAAAGUCUUCUCAACCAUUUUACCAUGUGUGCCUCUGAGUACAUUUAAAACAGCAGGCAUCAUGCUUAUGACAGGCUGUUAAAUUUAGUAAAAACAGGAAUUGGAAUAUGAACUGUAUGAUUUAGGCCCAAUCCCAUUUUCUAUUUUUAUCCCUACCUCUUGUUUUCAAGUGUCACCUUGCCCCUUAGAAAUGAAUUACCCUAUGAAGUGGGACAGCCCUCAAAUCUAGAACAUUGCUUCAUUAACAGGCCACUAGCUGUGCUCUGUAGGAAACCCUGCCAGUGUGCAGUGACAGCAGAGGAGGGUAAAGUUCAGCAACCUCGCUGUUGGUCUUCAGUUAAUUGCAGGGCAUCAUAUUACAGAAAAACCUUUAAUUCUUCAGGGAUAUGAAGCUGAAGUCAGCUCAACGAAUAGUCAGCCUCUCAUUUGAAUUUUCCUGUUCAGUCUUAAUGGAGUAGCAGUUACAUUCUGCCACUUCAGGCGUCAGAACUGUUGGAUUAUUUA